UUACCAAAUGAUUCCCAGCCCUAGGUAGAGGGACGGGCCUAUGUAUGCCAGAUAGACAUUUAUAUUGGCAGAAACUAAGUUGGCAAUUAAAAUAUGAACCAACUGGCCAGGCAGAAGGUACUUAUGCAAAUCAACAUUUACAAAUCUAAGCAUUUCCUUAACAUAGCCCUGUGGGCUUGAGUUUAGUAAUAACAUGUUCCAGAGAGAUAGGGGAGAGAGAAGGUGUAGAUUUGCUGUCUCUAUUUAUUUUCAUGGACAUAUCAAUAUCAUGACCAACAUUGUGUGCUCCAUGUGAUGUAAGGUUAUGAAGAUUUUAUUUGAACAGAUGAUGAAUACAUAAAUGACUGCACAGUGACAACAUGUUCCUGCUACUACAAAGUGAUCUCUCUUCAUUUGUGCAAUUUCGGAGAACAGAAUUUUUUCUUUUUCUCUAGAUGAGUGUUGAGUGGAGAGCCAGACAGCCAAUUGAUAUUUGAUCCAGAAAAUACUGUAUACAGGGAGAUACAAAUCUGCUCCUCAUCAAGCACACAUAUAAGAUGGACGAUGGGGGCCGACGAGAAAGUAGGAGACACAGAAUGGAUUGCUCCAAAGGAGGUCAUGCGCCGUGGAACGUGGUACCUCCUUAUCAGAUGAAGGACCAAGAGGCUUUCGUCAUGAAUACGAAAAUCAGAAUGCUCUGCGCUGAACGAGACGCUGCUGUUGAAGAACGGGAUAGAGCAGUGAUUGAAAAGAAUACAGUAUUAACAGAGCGAGAUUUGGCAAUCCAGCAGCGAGAUACAGCAAUUGCUGAGCGAGAUACUGCCAUAAAAGAAAGGGACAAUGCAAUUGCUGCCCUCCACUUUCAGGAAAGCACCAUGAAUGGAACAUUGGGUUGUAGGACACGCGGAACAAAGCGCCCUAAUCAAACUAAAAAUCAUUGCGACAAUAGCACUGAUUCUGUUUGUAUCAAUAGGGAUGUGCCCUUAACUGAUGCUUUUCCUAUAUCGGCCAUUUCAUCUGAAGUUGCCAAGGCACUCCAAGUAAAACGAACAAAGGGAAACAAAGGCAUGUCAAGGAAGUCAGUGAAAUCGCCAAGGAAGACAAAGAAAGUGAAUGAAGAUUUGAAUCGGCAUCUUACAACAGAUGGAUCUAAAGCUGAAUGGGAUGCACAGGAUCUUGGGUCAAUAAACCAGAUCAAGUUUGACGAGUCCUCCAUGCCAAUACCUGUUUGCACGUGUACCGGAAUACCAAGGCAGUGUUACAAAUGGGGAAGUGGGGGUUGGCAGUCAUCUUGCUGCACUACAUAUCUGUCAGAGUAUCCACUACCACAAUUGCCAAACAAACGCCAUGCCCGUAUUGGUGGUAGGAAAAUGAGUGGAAGCGUAUUUAGCAGAUUGCUUACAAGGCUUGCAGCAGUUGGCCAUGAUCUGUCUAUGCCCAUUGAUCUCAAGACUUAUUGGGCCAAACAUGGUACAAAUCGCUACAUUACCAUCAAGUGAUACAUAAAUGUUUGGUUGGGCGAGGAGUUGCCUUUUGUUGGGGGUACAUAUUAGGUGCGGACGCUAAAGAUGCUUGAUUGGCAUCGGAAGAAGGAAAAGAAAAAAAGCUUGACUAUGAUCAAAAGCCCUUUUAGAUGUUCACGAUGACCUCGUGCUGUGAUAAAAUACCAUGCAACUUACUUUUGGAUCAGUGAUUAGCGGCACUAUGUUUGGUAUUUUGUUGGCAAUCUGUGUUUUGCACUUAACCUUGUACAAAGGAGUUUCUAGGAAUUGCAGGUCUACUAUUUUGAGCUUCCCUUUAUCAUAAUCAAUAAGGAGGCUUCUACAUUGUUUCAUGUUUAUCAUCUUAAUCGAAGCUUAGCGAGUUAUCGUGUUAAUUAACUUAUUGCAGCUUCUAUUUCUCUA